GGAAGCGCGCUCCUAACGCCACCUGGGCGUCGCGCGGAGCGCUCGGCGCGGAGCGGGCGGUGUGGGGUCUCCGGGAGCCGGGUAGAUCUUUAUGGUUAUGGCAAAGUCUUUCCUCAGCCGAUGGUAUAAUGGACUGCCAGUUGGAUGAUACACAGACGUCUGAAACAUGGUAUAUACUUCUCCUCUGCCAUGCCCGUGCCUACAUGCUGACACAGUACCAGUUUUGUUUCCAAAAGAGGAGCUCACAGAAUUACAGUGUCUGAUCCAGCUAGCUGCUCUGAUGAUCCUCACUGGACCAUGUAGACUAUGUCAGAGAGCCACAAUGAUCAUGCAUAAUAACAGUUCAUCCUCGCUCCUUUUACCGAACGUGAGCUCCUUCUGGAAGAGAGAUUCGCAUGGACCGGGACUCCCUGAUGAAGCAGCAUCACUCAUUGGCAGCUAUGAUUUCCCUCAGACCACAGAGAGUUUUCCUUUCUCCACUGUGGAAUCAACAAACAUGACCCUCAAUGCCACAAGCAAAGACCCUCUGGGUGGACACACUAUCUGGCAAGUAGUUUUGAUUGCUUUCCUCACUGGGAUCCUUGCACUGGUGACCAUCAUAGGAAAUAUCUUAGUGAUUGUUGCAUUUAAAGUUAACAAACAACUGAAAACAGUCAACAACUACUUCUUGUUGAGCCUUGCUUGUGCAGAUUUGAUCAUCGGUGUUCUUUCCAUGAAUCUUUAUACCACAUACAUCAUCAUGGACCACUGGGCUUUGGGAAGCUUGGCCUGUGAUCUUUGGCUCUCCAUUGACUAUGUCGCCAGUAAUGCCUCUGUCAUGAACCUCCUCGUGAUAAGUUUUGACAGGUAUUUUUCCAUCACUAGGCCACUGACAUACAGAGCCAAACGAACAACCAAAAGGGCUGGGAUAAUGAUUGGUUUAGCAUGGAUCGUCUCUUUUGUUCUUUGGGCCCCUGCCAUCUUGUUUUGGCAGUAUUUUGUUGGGGAGAGGACUGUGCCUCCUGACGAAUGUUUCAUCCAGUUUCUAAGUGAACCUAUCAUCACUUUUGGCACUGCCAUAGCUGCCUUUUAUUUGCCAGUCACCAUUAUGAGUAUUUUGUAUUGGAGGAUCUACAAGGAGACGGAGAAACGCACCAAAGAGUUAGCAGGGCUCCAGGCCUCGGGCAGCGAAGCGGAGGCGGCGCGCUUCGUGCACCAGACAGGCAGCUCCCGGAGCUGCAGCAGCUACGAGCUGCAGCGGCAGAACAUGAAACGCUCCGCCCGAAAGAAAUACAGACGCUGCCACUUCUGGCUCACAAUGAAGAGCUGGGAACCCAGCACAGAUCAGGGGGACCAAGAGCAUAGCAGCAGCGACAGCUGGAACAACAAUGAUGCUGCUGCCUCCCUUGAAAAUUCAGCCUCCUCUGAUGAAGAAGACAUUGCUGCAGAGACCAGGGCCAUCUAUUCAAUCGUGCUGAAGCUCCCUGGUCACAGUGCUAUCCUCAAUUCCACAAAACUACCCUCCUCGGAAGAUUUGCACGAGUCAGGGGAUGAACUGCAGAAAUCCGACACAGAAUCAAAGGAAAAGAAACCUAAAAAAUUGCACCCUCCCAAAGGUGUUCAGGAUGGUGGAAAUUUCCAAAAGAGCUUUACUAAGCUUCCAGUUGAACCAGAAUCAGAAGAGACAACCACAGCUUCUGAUGGCAUCUCAUCAGUCACCAAGACAUCGACAGCCCUGCCCUUGUCCUUUAAGGAAGCAACCCUGGCAAAAAAGUUUGCCUUGAAGACCAGAAGUCAGAUCACAAAACGGAAACGAAUGUCACUUAUCAAAGAAAAGAAAGCAGCACAGACACUCAGUGCCAUUUUGUUUGCCUUCAUCAUUACCUGGACCCCAUAUAACAUCAUGGUUCUGGUGAACACCUUUUGCAGCUGUAUCCCCAAAACUUUCUGGAACCUGGGGUAUUGGCUUUGCUACAUCAAUAGCACAGUGAACCCCAUGUGCUAUGCACUGUGUAACAAAACAUUCAGAAACACUUUUAAGAUGCUGCUGCUGUGCCAGUGUGACAAACGAAAACGACGCAAACAGCAGUAUCAGCAAAGGCAGUCUGUCAUUUUUCAUAAGCGGAUCCCUAGGGAAGCUUCAUAGAAUAGUAUUUUUUAAACAAAUAGAAAAAUAACGAAGCAGGGAUGUGAUGGGAUGGGACAGGAUGGGGUGGGAUAGGACAGAACAGGAUGGCAUGGGACAGGGCAGGAUGGGCAAGGUAGUAAGGGAUGAGACAGGAUGGGUUGAUGAGGGAAGGUGGGUCCAGGGUGCUGAUUCUAUGAUUUAGACAUGAAAGCAGCUGCCAGGCUUAUUUAUCCUUUCAAUAAAUCCAGUUUAAUAUAAAAGUCAAUCCACAUUCAAAAACUAAGAAACUUCAACAUUUUUACUAAGGAGUGAAAGAUUUAAUAAAGUUUUCCUAUGAAUUUGUGAGAAGCUAUAUAGCAAUUAUAAACCCAUUACUGAUGUGCCCAGCCCUUUGAUUAUAAUCAACUCUGGGAUCUCAGGUAAGCACAUCUAGCUAGCCCAGCUUUUCUUUUUCCAAGGAAUCCAAAAACUUUUAAUUCAAGUUACAUACAGAUGUAGCAAGCUAGUGAAACAGGAUUAUGAAAUUGAGACACCGUAUAGGUUGAAAAAUUGCCUCUUGUUGUCCUGGUAGAGCUUCCUGUCUACUUCUCUUCUGAUAUAUUGUUAAUUGUACCCCUUAUUCCUGAUUUCUGAGUAUCUCUGUGUGCAGCUGAGAUUAUAUGUGUGUGUGUGAGUGUGUAUGUAUGCGUAGCAUGCAUUCACACCUCUGAAAUGCACACAUACCAGGAAAGAGGUGACCUAUUUGUUCUAGCUUUUACAGGGCCCCCCAUCGUGAUUACAUGUGAUUGAAACUUUUUAAAAGUUCGAAGAUCAUGUUAUAAGUAUAUAACUCAUUAUUUGCCACCUGAAAUUCAAGUUUAUCUCUGGAACCAAAACAUAGUGUCCACAUUUCAAACUGAGAUAACCAAAACAUAGCCUGUGAGUUUACAGAGUUUUAUAAUUGGGUACUUUCCCAGUAAAACCUUAAUCUUGAGCUCAGAGUCCCUCCUGAAAGUGAUCAUUAAAUGAUACAAAGGGGAGAGGAAUUGAAGGCUGCAUUCAGGGAAGAGCAGGAAGCUGUCUUGGCAGGGCACAGGAUAAUGAGAGCCCAGAUCUGGGCUGCACAAAGGGAGCUGCUCAGGGGCCAGGUAGGUGCAACCAUCAGCAGCAGCCCCGUGUCCUGCUGGGGAGGCCGUGCUGCUGCCAAAGCACACGUGGCUCCUGCAACACCUUGUCCUGAGCUGCACCGUGGGGAUGCACCGCCCUUCUCAGAGCCAGCUCACAUCCUGUGUGCAGCGCCUCUACGGCUUCCCGUGAAAGUUCAGAUUGUAACUUUCUGAUAAAAGUUGGUGGAGCCCUGCUGCUUGCACUGUCUGCCCCUGUGAUCUUCAGAUGCAAAUGAUUUGUUUCAAAGAAAUGCUUUAUUUUUGCAUGUGAAGGAUGCUCACUAAAAAGUGUUUGUUGUUCACAACCUGUUUUAAAAAUCAUCAGGAGAAGUGCACCUAAAUCCGUUUGAUGCCAGGUUCUUCAGUGGUGUGAAAAAUGUGAUAUUGCCAAUUUGUAACCUGGCAAUUUUUGAUAAAGACAAUUUUAAAAGGGCUUUAAUAUUUAUAGUUUAGACAUGACCAGUAUUUCCUGGUAUUUGUGAGGUGGUCUGCACCAAACAUGAUUUAUAAAUGUCAGAGGUCCCCUGGGGAAAGGAUUGUACUUUAAACUGUUGCUCUAAAUCUGAUAUCUGAUUUAGUUACAUGUUGAAAGAUUAUUUUGUAUUCUCCUUUGAGCUGACCAAAACUUUUUUUUUGUUGCUUAGACUCUUAUUUUGCUGAAAAUAAAACAAGUAUCUUAUUUUACAAAGGGGCAUCAGUGUUGUGAAUACAGAACUGAUGUUAAAGCUGCUUUUGUAUUCAGUGUGAGAUGGUGUUUACAGAUGAUUUUGACAACAGUGGAAAUAUAUUAAAUGGUGUCUGUGUAUCUAAACUAUUUAAUUUUGUGUUAUGUUCAUAUAAAGAAAUAUUUAUACAUAUUUCACCGAAUGUUUUAUUUAAUGUUGAUAAAUAUUGCUCUUCAGUCUUCAGCUGUAGUGUCCUUUUAAAGUGAUUCAUAAAGGUCUGCUUGAGAAAUGAAUAGACUAUCCUGGCUUUCUUGUUAUUAAAAAAAAUAAAAAAAUUCUCUUUUGUAUGAGUUGCUUAAAAUGUCUACCCUAAAGUAAUCUCAUAAAUUAUAUUGAACUCUACUGUAAGUACUAUUUUAGUACAAAAAAGAAAAAAGUUAAAGCUUCAUCUAUGUCACAAUUGCAUUUUGAACUAAAGAUACCGAAAUUGUUUUGCUGGUUUGCUACCCACAUACAAAGGCACCCAUGUUGCAAAGAAAAUUAAUUACCUUUAUUUAUAGAAAGAAGCAUAUAAAUUAAAUUUAUUCAUUACUCAAGUUGACCUAAAAAUGUUUUAACAUUUAAAUAUAUAUCUAUAUCUAUAUAUAUUGCCAUAUUAUUAUAUUCUGAUAUCUAGAGUAGUGCUGUGCCCCUAAUACACAAAAUGUGAGAGCAUGCAAGGAAGCCAGAGUUCAUCGGGGGAUUUAUGGUAUAUUAGUAUUGAUUUUAAAACGGGAAACUAUUAUUUUUAUUGAAGUUAAGCUUCCUUGAAAGCGUCUGUCACCACUGUUUACAUAAUAGGAAGAGUUAAAUCCUUGGAUUGUUCUAACAGAGAAAUAAACAACCUGUCUUUUGAUGUGUGAACAGGCUUUAAAAUGUUAUUUACAGGUAUCAUAAAAUGUGUAUGUAUACACAUAUUGUAGCAUAGAUCAAUUUAGUUAUUAUUUAUUUAAUGGAAUAUGCACUAUAAAAUAUUAAGAAUUUGGCUGUAUUACAAGUACAGUGAGCAUCAAUUUAAUUUGUGUUUUAUAUGUUGCUGUAUUUGCUUUAAACCCAUGCACACACAAAAAUUUUAGCUGUAUGCACUAGUGGAUAUAUUAUUUAUGAACACAGGCACACAUAAUAGGUCGCAGAAGAAGAACAAUGCAAGACCAAUGACACAGAAUUACUUUUAGGAAGUACAAUGUGUAAUAUUUCAUCUGUUUUGAGGAGAUUUAAGUCAGAAACACAGUAGAAAGCGUCAUUCUGUGGCAGACAAACAGCUCAGUCCCAUUAACCCUCCUCACAGCUCUGAAAGCUGGCUUUUCAGAGACCAGUCUCCGUUAAUUGCAAUAAUACAGGAUUAGACUCCACAUGAAAAGGACCAAAAAGUCAGAAGAGAUAGCCAGACAGGAGCCAAUGGGUAGUCUGGAGAAAGCUUUGUAGAACAGACUCAAUCACUGUCCGUCUCUGAACAGGCAGCAAAAUACAUUAUAUGUUUGGCUUUUUCAGUGUGAAAUUGUGAUAGAAGUUCAUUACUUCUGUACUGGCAUAGGCAGUGAGAGAUGUCUGAUCUGAAGACCUGAGGGCCAGGGCCAUGGUGCAUGAAGCAUUUUUCCUACUCCUGCACAACACACUUUCAACAAUAGUGAACUACAGAUCAGUCUGGCACUAUUUAAAGCUAAACAAGUAUAGGAAAGUCCUGCAUAGUUCUCAGGAUCUAAACUGGUGGAUCCGUGUAACCUAAACAAUAAGUAGGCUACAGGGUUCUGGCAGUAGGAAUAUGCACACAGAUGUUCUGAGAGAGUUGAUGACUUGCUCAAUUAUGUGCAGCUUCUUUUUCUUACUUGGCUGUCUUGAUUAUUAUAUUUCUUUACUUAUUCUGCAAGAAUAUUCUAAAAACUCUUGAUUCAUUAUCAACCUUAUAGAUCUAAAAAGUGAGUAGAAAUCCUGAAAUACACUUGGUUUGCCUCUACAGAAUGCAAAUAUUGAAGCAAAAGGAAGUUUUAAACUUUUUUUCCCUAAUAAGCAGCAUCAAAAAUUUUAAAAAUAGUUAUCAUCAUGUGACACUAUAUACAGUAGGGAUGGUCAAGCAGUGUCAUACUAUCUGCUUGAAACUGCUUUUUACUCACCCCUUACCCACUGACUAUGCAUCACUAUUCAAAUUUAUAUUCGAGAUUGUAAACCCUCAUUUUCCUCCAGGUGGCUCCUAGAUUCUUGUGUUAAAAUAUUCUCUACAAGCCUGUCUUGUUAUCAGGUGUUUUUUCUUUUCCUUUCACAGUCCCUCUAUGGAAAAUUAUCUGAUCUUACAUUAUCAAAAGACACUUUACUAAUUUCAGGAGUUGUCAAAGAUGUAUGAAACAUAUCAAAAACAACUGGAGAAGGCUUCACAUUUGCCAGCUCCUUAUGAGCAGAAAUUUUUGGUCUGUGCCACAAAUAGUCUGUUCAUCAAGGCUGACCAGGAGAUGACCUGUCCCUAGCGAUGUUCUCCCAAACCACCAGUAGCUUGAACUUCACACUGUUCAUGAAUCAUCAUGUAUUUUAAUCAUCAUGCAUUUGGGAAUUUUUGAAAAGCAUAUAUAUUCAUCGUGGUAGUUUUACCCUCUGCGAUUUUCUAUUUUAUAUAUUCUUUAUAUCUUUUACGUAUUUGCCCAUUGAAAUACCAUUGCCCUGGCUUCUGGGAGCAGGUCAAAGUGAUACUUAUUUGUAUGUUGCUUCCUUUUAGCCCAAAGGGUAUGCAGAGAUGUCUGGUGGAGCUGAGGUGUUCAUAAUGAUGGCUGCCUCUUCUGACUCAUGCACUGCACUCCCAUGAUACCCAAACACUCUGUUUAGAAGCUUAGCUAAAGCAUGUAUGACAUUCAAGUUUUCAUGGAAUUAAAAACUUCAUUUAAUUAGGAUGUUCUUCUUUGGAGCCUUGUAGCAAGCAUGGAUCAUUUAUAGCAUCUGCACUUUUCUACUUCUACAUUUUUGAGCUGCCAGAAAGAUAGUGGGCAAAAUGCUAAUUUGUAAUGUCUGAUACUUGGGAAUUUUUGUACUUCAGCUUUUAAAGUAAGGCAGAGAUAAUGCAGUUGUGCUAUUUGUUGAAAAAAAAAUUGAGUGUGAAUUCUACACUAUGUUUAUUUCAUUUCAUACACCAUGGCACUGCAACUUGGUUGAGAUUGAGCAUCACAGUAUUUGAGGUCACUGACAGUGCUUCACAAUCUUAACUGGCAAACUCGUCACCUAUGCUGUACUGGCAUUUGGGACUUAGACUGCUCUUCACCACUCACACUGCACAUUCAAAGUAUAACAUAGAUGGUAUUUUUUUUCCUCGAGAAAUAUCAUUGUAGUUGCUUCCAGAUCCAUUCCUAGGUGUGCUUGAGGAUGCUUUGCUUAAUUUUAGAUAUCAAGAGAGCCAAUCCCUGUCAGGGGUUGUUUAAUGGAGGGAGCACAGGUAACAUGGGAAAACAUUAAGAGAAAUGCUACUUAUUUCAUGGCCUAUUCCUACAUGCAUGGUGUGGUGUGCAUAUUGUACCUGUACAUCUCCAUGACUGUGUAUGUCUCAGAAGGAUGUGUGUGACCCUACUGUGCAUGCACAUACAGAGAGGUGUACCACAUCUAGAGCAAUGUUUACAGAUGUAUGUGCAAACUUAUGCUAAAUUGUCAGCCGUGGUAAACAUUGCCUUUGAUGGCUCAUCAGUUGUAACUGGACAGUGAAACUGUGCUUAAGUCUUCUCUGCUUAUCUGCAAGAAAAGUUUCCACAUCUUUCUUUCCUGAGUGCAUAUUUUUUACAAUUGUGUUGUCCUUAUUUCUGGAUAUGGUGUUUUCAGUGUAUUGAG